GGCAAGCGCUCCUACCUGUGCCCGGCAGACAACUGCGGCAAAGUCUACAAGCGCGCCGAUUUUCUCCAAAAGCACAUUCGCGCUCACGACACCCGCGAAUCCCGCGCUGCCCGCAAGCGCGCGCGCAUUGCACCCGAUAAUGGCUCGGAGUCUUCAGAGGACGCGCCACUGGCUGUGGUCGCCAGGCAGGCCAACCGGUCGGACCACGAGGACACCGAGACUGAGGAUGAGGAGGCUGUGUUUGCGAGGCCGCAGAGGGAGGCCGAGCGCCUGCUGGAGGCAAAGCUGAGUGCUUUGAGGGGCGAGGUCGAGCAGCGGCAGCAGCUGCUGGAGGACAUUCGUGUGAAGACGCGCCGUGUACGCUUGGAGAAUGAUAUUAUUAUUGAUGCCCUGGAGCGAGGGUAG